AUGUUCUUACGUCUCACCUGCUAUCCUCCUCCGCCUGACCUGCUAUCCUCUUACGUCUCACCUGCUAUCCUCUUCCGCCACACAAGCUAUCAUCUUCCGCCUCACCUGCUACCCUCUUACGUCUCACCAGAUAUCCUCUUCCAUAUCCUCUUACCUCUCACCUGCUAUCCUCUUCCGCCUCAUCUGCUAUCCUCUUACGUCUCACCUGCUAUCCUCUUCCGCCUCACCUGCUAUCUUCUAACCUCUCACCUGCUAUCCUCUUCCGCCUCAUCUGCUAUCCUCUUACGUCUCACCUGCUAUCCUCUUCCGCCUCACCUGCUAUCCUCUUACGUCUCACUUGCUAUCCUCUUCCGCCUCAUCUGCUAUCCUCUUACGUCUCACCUGCUAUCUUCUAACCUCUCACCUGCUAUCCUCUUCCGCCUCACCUGCUAUCCUCUUACGUCUCACUUGCUAUCCUCUUCCGCCUCACCUGCUAUCCUCUUACGUCUCACCUGCUAUCCUCUUCCGCCUCAUCUGCUAUCCUCUUACGUCUCACCUGCUAUCCUCUUCCGCCUCAUCUGCUAUCCUCUUACGUCUCACCUGCUAUCCUCUUCCGCCUCACCUGCUAUCCUCUUAACCUCUCCCAUUUCUUCUAUCCUGUGUUAUCCUCUUCCGUCUCACUUGCUACCCUCUUCCGCCUCAUCAGAUAUCCUCUUUACUUACCUGUCUCCCCUCUUCUCCGCCUCAUCUUCUAUCUCUGCAUCUCACCUGCUAUCCUCUUCCGCCUCAUCCUGCCAUCCUCUUACACGUCUCAUUUGCUAUCCCUCUUCCGCCUCAUCUGCACCUCUUACGUCUCAUCCCUUCCGCCUCACCUGCUAUCCUCUUCCGUCCUCUUCACCCUCAUCUGCUAUCUUCCGCCUCACCCUGAUAACCUCUUACGUCUCACCUCCUCCUCCUCUUACGCCUCAUCUGUUACCUCUUACUCUUACGUCUCACCUGCUAUCCUCUUCCGCCUCAUCUGCUAUCCUCUUACGUCUCACCUGCUAUCUUCUAACCUCUCACCUGCUAUCCUCUUCGGCCUCACCUGAUCAUUCCUCUUCCACGCCUCAUCUGCUAUCCUCUCCGCCCUCAUCUCACCUGCUAUCCUCUUACGUCUCACCUGCUAUCCUCUUCCGCCUCACCUGCUAUCCUCUAACCUCUCACCUGCUAUCCUCUUCCGCCUCACCUGCUAUCCUCUUACGUCUCACUUGCUAUCCUCUUCCCCAUGUAUCUGUUCAUUAUCUAUCUAUCUAUCUAUCUAUCUAUCUAUCUAUCUAUCUAUCUAUCUUUCACGAUCUAUUCAUGUUUCACAGUCUGUUCAUUAUCUAUCUAUCUAUCUAUCUAUCUAUCUAUCUAUCUUUCACGGUCUAUUCAUGUUUCAAAUACUGUUCAUUAUCUAUCUAUCUAUCUAUCUAUCUAUCUAUCUAUCUAUCUAUCUAUCGCAGUCUGUCCAUUAUCUAUCUAUCUAUUUAUCUAUAUAUCGCAGUCUGUUCAUUAUCUAUCUAUCUAUCUAUCUAUCUAUCUAUCUAUCUUUCAUGGUUAUUCUGUUUCAAAUACUGUUCAUUAUCUAUCUAUCUAUCUAUCUAUCUAUCUAUCUAUCUAUCUAUCGCAGUCUGUCCAUUAUCUAUCUAUCUAUUUAUCUAUAUAUCGCAGUCUGUUCAUUAUCUAUCUAUCUAUCUAUCUUUCACGGUCUAUUCAUGUUUCAAAUACUGUUCAUUAUCUAUAUAUCUAUCUAUCUAUUUAUCUAUCUAUCUAUCGCAGUCUGUUCAUUAUCUAUCUAUCUAUCUAUCUAUCUAUCUAUCUAUCAUGGUCUAUUCAUAUUUGGCAUACUGUUCAUUAUCUAUCUAUCCAGUUAGCUAUUUGUCUAUUUAUCUAAGUCUGCUCAUUAUCUAUCUAUCUAUCUAUCUAUCUAUCUAUCUAUCUAUCUAUCUAUAUUUGAUAUUUCAUUUUUCAUAUUUCACAUACUUCUGUUCAUUAUCUAUCUAUCUAUCUAUCGAUCGAUCUAUCUAUCUAUCUAUCUAUCUAUCUAUCUAUCUAUCUAACAGAUUCCUUUCUUUUGGUGUCAGAUCUAAAGGAAUUAACACUGAAUCUAUCUAUCCAUCCAUCUAUCUAUCUAUCUAUCUAUCUAUCUAUCUGAGUCUGUUCAUCAUCUAUCUAUCUAUCUCUGUUCAUUAUCUAUCUAUCUAUCUAUAUAUCUAUCUAUUCUGUUCCUUAUCUAUCUAUCAAUCUAUCUCUGUCAAUUUGUCCAUUAUCUAUCCAUCUAUCUAUCUAUCUAUGUCAGUUUGUUCAUUAUCUAUCUAUCUAUCUAUCUCUGUUUAUUAUCUAUCUCAGUGUCUUCAUACAUAUGUCUCUAUCUCUGUAUGUUCAUAUCUAUCUAUUUGUCUAUCUAUCUCAUGUUCAGGUAUUAAAGUGUUUUUUUAUCUCUCUCUCUCUCUCUCUCUCUCUAUCUAUCUAUCUAUCUAUCUAUCUAUCUAUAUCUCUAUAUAUAUAUAUCUCUAUAUAUAUAUAGUCGACAACCACUAUACAAUCUAUCUAUCUAUCUAUCUAUCUAUCUAUCUAAUUGAUUCCGUUCUCUUCAUAUCUAUCUUUGUUCAUAUCUAUCUAUCUAUUUAUCUAUCUAUAUUAGUCUCUUCAUAUCUAUCUAUGUUCAUAUCUAUCUUUGUCUCUUCUUAUCUAUCUUUGUUCAUAUCUAUCUAUCUAUCUAUCUAUCUAUCUAUCUUAUCUUUUCAUAUCUAUCUUUGUUCCUGUCUCUCUCUCUCUCUCUAUAUAUAUAUAUAUAUAUAUAUAUAUAUAUAUAUAUAUAUAUAUCUUUAUUCAUAUCUACCUCUGUUCACAUCUAUCUAUCUAUCUAUCUAUCUAUCUAUCUAUCUUAGUCUCUUCAUCCUAUCUUUCUAUCUAUCUAUCUAUAUUAGUCUCUUCAUAUCUAUUUUUUUCAUUAUCUAUCUAUCUAUCUAUCUAUCUAUCUAUCUAUCUAUCUAUGUGUAA